AAAAAUGAAGAGUUACCAGCACGCAGAAUAGAGGGAAAAACAAGAAACAAAAGCCAUAGAACAUAUCGCUAUACUCGUUUGGAUUCAGAGCAUUCAUCCAUGGCAUCAAGGAAAACCCACCAUUCAACACUCAAGUCCAUCUUUUCAAACUCUAAUGAUAUCAACGACCACAACCCAAUAGCCUCUGAUAUCGAGUUCGACGAAGCUGAUAUUUGGGGUACUUCCACUAACCACAAUGUCGCACCAUCAAUGGAGAACAAAAGAACAUUGCCCAUCUCGCGACAACCAAAGAAAGCGCCUAGGAAGAUCGACAACACCGGAGGCUGGACCGUCCCGCGGGCAUCAGCAUCGACAUCCUUGCCCCUGAACAUACCGGACUGGUCGAAGAUUCUUAAAGAUGAAUAUGAAGAUCAUCGAAACAAAGACAGCGACGAAGAUUUUGACGCCGACGACGACGAAAGCCAUGGCAAUUACAGGCUUCCUCCUCAUGAGUAUUUAGCGAGGACUCGAGGCGCUUCCCUGUCGGUUCAUGAAGGGAUAGGGAGGACUUUGAAAGGGAGGGACUUGCGCCGGGUGAGGAAUGCAAUCUGGAAGAAAGUUGGUUUUGAAGAUUAAUUAGUUUAGAUCAGAAACGACAUGACAUCACCAAGGAGCUAGCUGGAUGAUCAGAGAAUUAGAAUAAUAGAAUUGAUAUCGGAUUGUUGAAUUGAUAGGCCACUGACUGUGUUGAUCCUUUUUGCUGGAUCAGGGGCUGAAUAUUCAUCUUGUAUCUUGUCAUUUGGACCUUUUUCUUUGCUAUUCUUUUCUGUCUGUUAACUUCUGGGUGUCUUGAGUUUUGUUAUAAUUAGCUAGAAGGAUGAAUCAGAUGCAUGUAGUUCUGUCUCUGAGAGACUACGUACAUCUAAUGCUUUCAAUGGUCAUCAUUAAAGUUUCAGAACUUGGCCUGGCCGGAUUCAUUGCCAUGUAUGCACAUUUCACUUCUUUCUUAAUUCCGAGCUACCUUCUAUUUUCAGCAA